GACAGUAUCCAAGGACAAUAUCUUCGGUCCAUGCAAGGACCCGGUCCUAUCCGAACUCCCGGCUUCGAUCACGGUCAGGAAGUCGCGAGGGAUAUAUCAACUUGGUCCAAGACAAGGCGCGAAGACACCGGCUCACUGAUGAUCUACGAGGACAGACAGUACGCAUGGCGCGCUCUACACACCACAUCACACCCACGGCCUAUACCCACCCCUCGAGACUGGCAACAGCUACAUACCAGCGGCGUCCGCAGGCAAACGCAGACACUUGGCGAACGUCCCACGUGGACCGCAUACCCUGGUGCGCAGGCUUGCUAGGAGGUUGUCAGCACCAAACACACGAAACAUGUCUUCACGGCGGUGGGUGUGAGAACGGAGGCAUAAAAAGGAUGAGGACGGCGUGUAGAAGCCUACAACGAGCAUCAAAGCUCGCUAUACCUCCACACUCCUGCGCGCAGACCCAAAAUAGCGCUAUCCAAAAGCCACCAGCACAUGCCAUAUUCAAUCGGCGUGCUUCAACAGCCUCAAAACCCUGCCAGCCAUCACGUGAAACAACCCUAUGUCUGUCCGUGAAGCCACUAGCAUCUGUAUCCCGCAGGCCAUUCAAUUGCCACGUGGGAUUAGUCGAAGCGCCCCGCCCGUUUUCGGUGUCGUUGCUGAUCGCCGUCGAGCUUGGAGCUACCCCACACCGCACCGCACACACCUCGGCACCUCGGCGCAGCUCGCGACUCUCGCGACUCGACGCGCCGCCCGUUGCCAGCAACAUUACACCAACCCAUUGAACGCACUCGUACUAUGCAGCCCCAUACGAAAUAAAGACUGGCGAAGCAGUACUGCAAAAGACAUACAAAAUCCUGAACCUUCAAGCCCGGUCGGAGGCCCACCCACACGCCAACCCCGAAUCCCACCCCACCGUCCAUCCCGCGUCGCAGUCCACGCAGGAAACGCAAUGCCAGUCGAUUCGAUCCGCCCCGGCGACGAUCCGCGUGUGCAGCACCGCUACGCCGUGCU